CUCUCAAAAUGUCUCGACCGGGCUAGUUUCGCUGUUUGAAACUCUAACGCCUGUGCUAAUGGGCAACACGUCCGAUCUCGCCGUGAGAAACAAUUCGCUGCUGUUCGCCACCGGAGAGAUGGCACUCUCGACGGGGCACAUCAUAUAUGGACUUGUGCAGUGCGUGCGUUAUCUAACAGCAACCGAUUGCCGGACAUGCCUGCAGGAUUCGGUGGAUCAGAUCACCAGGGAUCCUCUGAAAGGGAGGAGGGGAGGAAGGACGUUGGGGACGUGGUGCAAUAUGAGAUAUGAGUUUUACAAGUUUUACAACGGUUCGUCCAUGCUGCAGCUUCCUUCUGCUCAGCCGCCGUCGCCGUCGCCGUUGCCGUCGCCACAUGGAGGUGAGACAAACCCCGAGGAGAUUACAAAUGUUGAAUCUAUAUUGUUUGAUCUAUCUACACUUAAAGUAGCAACAAUGAAUUUCUCUGAACGUAACAAGCUUGGUGAAGGUGGCUUCGGAUCAGUUUAUAAGGGAUUGCUACCUGAUGGACGUGAAAUAGCAGUGAAAAGGCUAUCAAAAGGAUCGAGGCAAGGGCUUAAUGAGCUAAGAAAUGAACUUAUUCUAGUUGCUAAACUCCAGCACAAAAAUCUUGUAAGACUACAUGGUAUUUGUCUUGAGGAACAGGAGAUGUUGCUCGUUUACGAAUAUUUACCCAACAAAAGCUUAGAUACCAUUCUCUUUGAUCCAGCAAAAAGUGAACUACUGGACUGGGAGAAAAGAUACAAUAUAAUAGAAGGAAUUGCUCGUGGCCUACUUUACCUACAUGAAGACUCCCAACUAAAGAUCAUUCAUAGGGAUCUUAAAGCUAGCAAUAUAUUGUUAGACGCAAAUAUGGCUCCAAAAAUAUCAGACUUUGGCUUGGCCAGGCUGUUUGAAGGAGAAGAGACUUACGGGAUGACAAUUCAUGUUGUUGGAACAUGUGGAUAUAUUGCUCCAGAAUACGGAAUGCAUGGACAUUUCUCAUUCAAGUCUGACGUCUUUAGUUUUGGAGUACUAAUUUUAGAGGUUAUAACAGGAAGGAGCAUUGGUUUCUUCAAUGUUGAGCUUGAUGAAUACCUUUUAAGCUAUGUUUGGGAGAAUUGGAAGAAUGGAACAAUCUUGAAGAUUUUGGACCAAGCUUUGUGCAAACCAUUUCAAAACAGUGAAGUCAUAAAAUGCAUUCAAAUUGGACUUCUUUGUGUGCAAAAGGAUCCAGCUCAAAGGCCUACCAUGACACAAGUGAUUGUGAUGCUCACUAGUCAUUCCGUGUCUCUUAAAACUCCUUCUUCACCAGCUUUCUUUGUGGAGAGAAGUGGCGUCAAACAUAGUACACUUUCAGGGAAAUCUAACAUGCAAGGGGAAGACCAUCACAACUCUCCUAACAAGUUUAUCCCAAUGUCACCUAAUGAACUGACAAUUUCAGAGGUAGAUCCUAGAUAAGAAAAGUGAAGGUAUAGUUGCUUAUUAUCUAAAAUUCUUGUAAAAAAUGGCAACAACUGCUCAUCCUUAUGCAUUUUUAUGUGAGUGAGAGAUAAAUAAUUAAAAUUGAAGGACAUUUGAUCAUAAAAAUAUGGCACGGUACA